AUGGCCAGCUUAUAUGCUGCAAAUGGUCUACUGCUGAAAACAGCGCUUCGAAAAGCCAAUUUGGGUGGGUUUUUGGCAUGCUACGGAAUCAAUACAAUUUCACGGAAAGUUCGCCGCUAUGGUGACGUUAGCGGCCCGAAUAAGACCUCAAUUCCGCUCAAUACGUCCCCAAUAGAGUUCUCUUCGAAUAUCUCGGCUCAGGAUGCCAAAAAACGGGGUCAAAAACUAGCCAAUUCAGCCCUGGAGGCUCUGAGCUGCACAGAUGACAUUACGCCCCAACGAACAUCAAACCUUCCGUUCGAGGUAAAACCGUUGGAUCGUAAACAGCGAAAAAAUGAGGUGAAUACCAACGAUAUGGUCCUGACCCAAAAGGCCGCAAAGAAGUUACUAAAGUCUUAUGUCCAACUAUCGAAACCAAGACUCACAGUGCUGGUGAUGCUCAGCUGCAUAUGUUCGUAUGCACUAAGUCCUUCGGCAGCCACAGUUCCAGAACUCAUGUCAUUGACGAUGGGAACGGCUCUAAGCUCUGCUGCAGCCAAUGCCAUCAACAUGGGUCGAGAACCUGAUUUUGACAGACGAAUGGUUAGAACUCAAGCACGACCGGUGGUGCGUGGUGUUUUGACACCCAAACAGGCUUAUAAAUUUGCUACGGUGGCAGGGUCGUUGGGGGUUGCUAUCCUUUAUUUGGGAGUCAACACAACGGUGGCAGCACUAGGAGCAACAAAUAUCGCUCUGUAUGCGUGGAUUUACACGUCUCUUAAACGAAAACAUAUCAUCAACACAUGGGUAGGUGCAAUUGUGGGUGCCCUUCCACCACUGAUGGGCUGGUGUGCUGCCAACUCUCUCACGGAUCCGGGCGGAUGGUGUUUAGCCGGAUUCCUAUAUGCAUGGCAAUUCCCACACUUUAACACGUUAAGUCACAACAUCAGAAACGAAUACAAAGACGCUGGUUAUGUUAUGACAUGCUGGAAAAAUCCUAAGUUGAACGCAAGAGUCGCUUUCAGAUACUCACUUCUCAUGUUCCCACUGUGUUUCGGUCUAUCUUACUACAAUGUUACAGACUGGUAUUAUCAACUGGAUUCCGCCAUUGCCAAUGCUUGGUUAUCGUAUUGGGCAAUGAAAUUUUGGUGGCAACAGAGGUACAAUUAUUCUGCAAAGAUAUUGAAAGACAGAUUAAAAUUCAAUAAAGGCAUUGCAUUGGCAAAUGUGUAUGCACGGAAGACUUUCUGGGUUAGCGUAUUGCAUUUACCAGCGGUUUUGAUUUUGGCCAUUUUGCACAAGAAAGGUCGUUGGGAUUGGCUCUUUGACAGCGAGGCCAGAGGUUCAAAAUUACAUGUAUAG